UUGAACAGAGUCAGUGAAAUUUAGCUGCACCGUGCAAAUUGCUUGAUGAAAAAUGUGUCGCGCUAGUGGAAAACUGCAUUAAAAGCUUUCGUCGAGCUAAAUUCAAACCACGCGACGCUACGUGUUCUUUCUGUGCGUCAGGGGGAACAGAACUAGCAGGAAGAUGUGAUUCGCGACGAAGCGUAAACACAUGUAAAAUCAAUCGGUGGUCAGCAGUUGUGUAGGCAACCAUACAACGCAAAAACCUUGCAAUCGAACGCCCGAUACGGAGUGUAGAGUAGCGGAACGAAACGCAACAAAACGGAUACGUUUGAGUGAUUUUGGAGUGAGAAAACGAAAAACACUCCUAAAGAUCAGUUUUGCCAAACGAAUUUCGCAUUGCAAUCGUCGUUUCGAUUUUUGCGCACUACCGUAGAGCGAACCGUGAGCCUCCACUUGGGUAAAGAGGGAACACAGCCGGUCGUUGCGCGGACUACAAACUUCUGCACGUGACGGAAGCAGCAUGACGGUGGUUUAUCCUCGCAAAAUGUUGUCCCGCUUCCAUCCGUACCACGGUCAGAACAUAAUAUUAUUCAACGAGAACACGGUCGCCUACCGAAAGGCGAGCUUCGGCAAUGCGCUCACCUUCAGCGAGAAACCUUUGCAACCGGGAGAAAUUUUCCUGUUAGAGAUUGAAAAAAAUGAGCGCGGCUGGAGUGGCCACAUGCGAUUGGGACUGACGCAGCUGGAGAUCAAACCGGCCUCCACGCUUCAGUACGCGCUGCCCGAUCUGGCCAAUCUCGGCUCGAGCUGGGUGUUCCCGAUAACACGUAACGUCGGCAACUCGGUGUUGAAAACCAACAUCCUCGGCAACGGGCCGAACGUAAAGACCUCAAGGGGCGCUUUCCCCCGCAGUCGACUCAAGCCCGUGUCGCACGACGGUGCCAGCGAGGACAUAUUGCCAACCGACACCAACUCCCGCAUCGGCGUCAUCUUUGUGCCGAGUGAACACGAAGCAGACAAGGCCAACAUGCACUUCAUCAUCAACGGGGAGGAUCAAGGUCCGUGCACACACGACAUCCCGUACACCAAGGGUGCGCUACACGUGGUGGUCGAUGUGUACGGUACGACCAAGCAGGUAAAGAUCAUCCAGCUCUACGGCAUUUCGACGCUGCAAGGUGCGUGUCGGGACGCGAUACUGGCACGGGUAAAAAAGUCCUCCAUUCCAGACCUGCCGCUACCGGAGAGUUUGAAAACGUAUCUCUUGCAGUAGGUUUCCGGGUAUAAAGUACGUUUAUCAUUAAAAUAGGCAUUAUAAAGUGUUACCUCCCCAACACCCGCACUACCUACUGUCCUCCGUCAGUCAACAAAACACUCCCCAAUCGAUGAGCCAGACGAACAGACGGAUACAAUACGAUUGUGCUAUGUGCAGUCGGUUUGGACGGUUUUGUGGACAAAGCCUCAUCAAUCCAUGAGAGGUAACAAUGCAAUGCGAAUCUCAAGUUGCUAAGAUACGCUCAGAUUCCUAUCGUAUAUUCCCCACUUUGCACACUAUCAUAUUCGAUAGUAUCAGGUAUGACCCCAAUUAGUUUUAAAAAGAAUCAAAAAUCUUCUUGUCUGAUAAAUAGUUUUAAUUCGCCGUUUAGCAGGUUCUAAACCUCGGAUGGUGUAUGGUGGAUAUGUAAAAUAAUCGCUCUUAUUAAACUUCUUGAAAGCUUUGUCCUUUUUAAAUCUUACCUCUUAAAUUUCACGGCAGCUUCGAUCCAAAUUAAUCUGUAUUUCAAAUUCCAGUCAGGCCAAACUAGAUUGAAACAGAGUGAGAAUACAUCGGAUUGAUAACCGUCAAACAGCAUACGGACCAUAUGAAUGACAUAGCAGGAUAGGAUAGUACUUUACCCCGUAAGUGUUUUUCUCACUCCCCUCAAGCCCCCAACUGUAUCGGAUCCAAGAUGCUUGUAUGCAGUUUUAUUCAGUAUCUUUUGCAGUUUUGCGUUCGCCUGCACUUCAUAAAACCAGUCUCUUUGGAGUUAACUACUCGGUAGCGUUAUUAGCGGGAAAAGUCACCGGUGAUAAUAUUGAUUUGCUGCCGGCAGAUAUGAUUGCAGGGUAAAAAUUGAGUGGAGGCAACCAAUGGUUAUUUGGAAGAGAGUUUUUCUCCCCACUGCAUCGCCACACUUUUGCUGUAGAGAGUCAAUUGGCAGAAGAUCGUAGGGUCAUAAUGUGAAUGUUGGUUUGGGAAUGAAAAAAUGGAAAACCCCUUUAAACUGGAUGUAAACAUUCAACUCCUGUGAAUAGGUAUUUAAUGAAAGCACACACAUGCAAACGUAUAAUUAUCCAAAUUGUUGGAUUUUGUGUAUCGAUAUCUCUUUUAGAUGGUCAUGAAACAAAACAAAAACUGUAAUAAUAAAUGUAGCGUCUAGUAUGA